CUGGUUAUUUCAGAAGGAAUGCUAAAUUGUUGACUUGAUCCAAAACCCUAAAACACCACAGUUCUGAUAAAUAAAUGCAAUUGUACUUAAUCACUAUGUUAUACACUUGCCAACACGCCAUUUUCACAGCAUGUAGAACCACAUGAUUUUUCUCGCGCCAGACCCCUGUCUCCGUGCCAGUUUGCUGCCAUAGCAACUGUUCGUGUUUAUAUAACUUAGACCAGAAAACAUUCCCUCAUUCGCUUUACAUUUAAUAUUUAUAACACCUCGAUGGUCAGUCAUCAUGCCUUAAGUUUCAAAUUAUACGAGAACUCAAAUCAAGCUCUUUCACAAGCAAGAUCUCCACCCAGCUGGAAUAUUCAGGUCAUUGAAGAACAAAGGUUUACUAGUAAGCAGUAGUAAGCCACGCUAGCGUCUCUCGAAUCAUCAGAAAACUAAAAAUUACUGACCCCAUGGUGAAUCUAAUGUGCUUGGGAAGACCAACAAAGGUGUCUGUGGAUGCAAAAGCAUUAAUAGAUCAACAGAUGCAAAAAAAUGAUGAGACUAUAAGCCAACAGAUUCAGAGGAUGUUAGCAAAAUGUGGGAUUUCCGUGAGUUCGUCCACAGUAUGAAUAUCUCGCCAACAGCAAGGCUGGACUCUGCAGCAGACCGCUUAUUGUCAGUUCAUCCAAGAUCUCGCAAUAUUAGGUCACACAUCAGUUCUCUAGUUUUUCUGUAAUGUUCUCGUUAUGCUGCAAUAUUUGAAUUUUCAUAUUAAAUGUUAAAACUUGUAAUAAAAUUUUGGAAACGGAUUGUUGUUGCAAUCAUCCAUAUCUGUGUAUCCCUAUAAGUUAGAGUCCCAAUGAUUUUUAUUAAGACGACGAAAGUGGAGCGAAAUAAUUGCGAACUGUUCGAAGACUUAAAGCAACACCCAGUGACCUCAGUUCAGGGUUGUCCGAAAGGUGGAUAAUGUCAUCCAGCCUUUGAACAACUUGGACCAGGGACCCGUUUCUCGAAGGUCUGAGAAGUUCUUGCACUCGGCUGGAAAGCCAUAGCAAACUCUCAAACCCUAUGAUUACAGCACUGUUUUAUUCGCAUAUUCUUAAUAUGAACAGAGGCUCUCUUCAUACGAGAAGUUUCAGGCAUAUACACCUCUCAGUUUUUAGGUACUUUCCAGGGCUUUCAAGAAAGUUUAAUAAACAACUGCGAGGGGACUGGGAUGGUGGUAAUUCGGUAUGGAAAUAAACAUGACUUGGAUUCGCGAGCGUGCACAUGCGUUCAGAUUGAAAAACCCUCAUAAAUUGUUUGCGACUGUUUACUUAGCGGCGUAAGUACACAGAACUGGAGAUGUUUUUGUUUUCUUUGUGGAACAAACUGAGGUCAUUGUCUUUAUAAUGCGGUUCAGUGUAUUCUGAUUCUCUGCAUAUGAAACUGGGCCUGAGCUGAACUUGAGCAAGCAAAGCUGCUUGAAAGUCUUUCGCAAACUUUAGGUGAGUAAGAUUUUAGUAACAUAUUUCUCAUAGAUAAAAUGUUAUCCCCUUAAUUGGUGAUCGAUGACUGCAAACUGGCACUUACAAUACAGUUUUUUUGUAUCAGUCACUAAAAGAACAUUGCGUGAACGCUGCCGAACUGCUGUUUGAUACGUUGCGAAUUUUCGUGUACUGCCUAGCAAACUAUUGUUUGUGCUCACGAAUUUUCUUUAGCUUAACGAAACUUUGAAGAAAAAUUGCCCUUUGUUCAAGCGAAUUAACGCUUGAUACGCCAUGAAAUUUCACUUGAACUUUUGUGCGAACUUUUGUCGAAAAGUCAUGGGAAAAAAGAAUGAAAUUUGCGCAUUUCGCUUGCAUUUCUUUUGCACAAUACUGUAGAUUAACGUUUCCGUCAGUUUUAUGCCAAAGCUCGUAACCAAGAUGGAGGAAAUUAUAGCAGAGCAACACUACUUGCCCUCAGAAAUGGCAUCGAGAUAUACCUUAAUUUGCCUCCAAACAACGGUGGCAUUUCGCUGGCCAGAGAUUCCCAAUUUGUUCUGUCAAACAAGAUGCUAGAUGCCAAAAUUAAACAGUUAAAGAAAGACAGCAUGCAAAACACAACACACAAACCAGCCAUUGAGCUGGAAGAUCUUGAAAUGCUCAAAAACAGUGAUAUUCUAUCACUUACUCACCCCUUGUCGCUUUUGAGAAAUGCGUGGUUUCACAUCUCAUUGUUUUGGUGCCGCUGUGGCUUUGAAGGCCAGCGAAGUCUUAAAAAGAGCAGUUUUGUAUUUAGUGAAGAUGCGAAGGGCGACCAUUUUGUCUCAAUGGCACAUGAUGAAGCAACUAAAAACCACCAAGGCGCUGUUUGUGAUGUUGAGAGUUUCGAGAGAAAUGCAAGAAUGUACAAAACCAGUUGUAAAACCGAUGGUUAUACCGCUCUUGAUUUUGUGCUAUCGAAAUUGAAUCCAGAAUGUGAAGCACUAUUCCAGUAUCCUAAACGAAACUGGGAGCCAUCUGACAAUGUUUGGUAUGAAAACAGGCUGCUCAAAGUAAACAAGCUCUCAACCACGAUGAAAGAUAUCAGCUCCACUGCCAGACUUUCUCGUAUCUACACAAAUAAUUCAGUUAGGGCGACAGCCAUAACCUUGUGGGAAAAUGCUGGCCUCACAAAUCAGGAAAUCAUGGCGAUAUCCAGUCACCGCAAUGAGUCCAGCCUGCAAAACUACCACAACAUGCCUUCUGUACAACAAUUUCGCAAAUGCAGCAACAUCCUUACAGUAGCACUUGGUGAUGAUAAAGUUCAGCCGACCACUACAGAUCAGCUUGUGAGUAACGAAAGAAGGCCUCCGUUACAGCAGCUGCAAGUUCCAUCUGUCAACACGGCAAUUUCUUACACAAAGCAGAACACAGAUGUGUUCAGUCAGAUGUUCAGUUCAUGCACGAUUGGAAAUGUCCACGUCUUCAAUUUCAAGCCAUGACAGAACAAUUCUGUUUCCUUUAAACUGAGUGUAUCAUCUUUCACAGAUAGUGGAAAUAUUGCCUUUUGCAUUUCUUUUUCAUGCUUGAUGAAAAGUUAAGCAUUAAAUUAUUUCUUCGGCACGAUCAAGAAUGUUUUGAGGGCAGAUUUAAAAGAUGAAAGAGAUGUUGUAUUUUUAACAGAAUCCGGUACACAGUUCCAUAAUAUAGGUGCGGAGAAAGAAAACGCACGUUCACCGUAUGUCACAGAGUUCACAGUAGGGACAGUGAAAAGAAGUUUAGAGGAUGAGUGUAGGCUCUGUUGCGGGUGGUAUUGUUGUAGGAGGGACGACAAGUACGCUGGACAAAGUCCAUGGAUAAUCUUAAAAGUCUAGUGCUGUAGAGUAUAACUUUGGUUUUAUAUUGGAUCUUUAUGAUUACUAGAUUUUUGUUAAAGUAACAUUCUUUGGACCUGACUUUAACCUGUUUUGCUCCUUGUGAAUAUUUAAUGUGAUUUGGCUUCUUUUUGUCACAUAAGCACCCCAUAACGUCUUUUAACGGUCAUUCCUUCAAUUUGCCCCAUAAUAGAUCUACAUUAUGCAGAUUUUUUCGAUACCUAAACUCAACAUUAAUGAUCAAAAGAAAGUUAAGAACCUAAACAACCAGCUUACUACACCUUUGUUUUACAGCAAAAGCUACAUGCUAUGUU